AAGUCUACAAUUGAUUCCCGAUGAUCGAACCACCCACUCACAAAACUCAACGUUGAGGAAUCAAAACCCCUUUGGUUGUUGAAAGACUGCAGCAGAAGCCGACGACGACGAAUCACCGGUGAAUGAUCGAUGGCUCUUUCACGUCUCCGUCAUCAUCCGGUCAUUUCACGAGCUCCGUCACUACUUAGGGCUCGCCUCCUUUCUUCCUCCUCCAGAUCCAUUUCACGCAAUUCCAAAUUGCAGAGUUCUAUUGUUGAAGAUGGUGGCGCUUUGUUUAGGCCCACACUUUUUUCUCCAUUCAGUGGUAUCCGAAACCAGUCUAAACUAAAGUUGCCGAGUGAUAUUAGAUGUUACUCAUCUGCAGAACCUCCUGCACAUAUUGUUAUUGGGAUGCCGGCUCUGUCGCCUACAAUGACUCAAGGAAACAUUGCAAAGUGGAGGAAGAAAGAAGGUGAUAAGAUAGAAGUGGGUGAUAUCAUAUGUGAAAUCGAGACAGAUAAAGCUACUCUUGAAUUUGAAAGUCUUGAAGAAGGUUUUUUGGCAAAGAUAUUGGUUCCAGACGGUGCAAAGGAUGUGCCAGUUGGACAGCCUAUUGCAGUUACGGUCGAAGACUUGGAUGAUAUACAAAAUAUCCAUGAAAGUGUUCUUGGUGGGUCAGAGGUCAAAGAAACAAAGUCAACCCAAGCUGAUGUAAAAACUGAAGACACGGUCCAACAGUCAGGUUCAGAGAAACUUGAUGCAUCUAAACUUCCUCCACAUAUCUUUAUCGAAAUGCCAGCAUUAUCACCGACUAUGGACCAAGGGAAUAUUGCGAAGUGGAGGAAAAAGGAAGGUGAUAAGAUUGAGGUUGGAGAUAUUAUAUGCGAGAUAGAGACUGAUAAAGCUACCCUUGAGUUUGAAUGUCUUGAAGAAGGGUACCUUGCAAAGAUACUGGCACCUGAGGGUUCAAAAGACGUUGCAGUUGGACAACCCAUUGCAAUAACAGUUGAGGAUCCAGCCGAUGUUGAGGCGGUAAAGUCACACGUUAGCGGCAAUUUAGCUGCUAAAGAGGCAAAGCCAGCUCAGCAUGCUACCCAUGACAAAGUAGUGAAUGGAGAAAAGUCAUCCUUUUCUAGAAUAAGUCCAUCUGCAAAGUUACUAAUUGCACAACAUAAAUUAGAUGCUUCAUCAAUAAACGCUUCUGGUCCACGUGGCACUCUUUUGAAAUCUGAUGUUUUAAAUGCAAUUAAGUCUGGCACAGCCGCAGUCAAAAGUUCAGCAUCUGAAGUUACUACAUCUCCGGCAAAAAGUCAACCUCAGACACAUACGUCUUUAUCGGCAUCAUCUGAGAUUCAGCAGUUGGAUUCAUAUGUGGAUAUCCCAAAUAGUCAAAUCCGUAAGGUGAUUGCAAGAAGGUUGCUAGAGUCAAAACAGAACAUACCUCAUUUAUAUUUAACCACAGAUGUUAUACUGGAUCCUCUUCUGUCUUUUAGAAAGGAGCUUAAAGAUAAAUUUGGCGUCAAAGUGUCGGUAAAUGACAUUGUUAUAAAAACCGUGGCAAUUGCUUUGAGAAAUGUUCCAAAAGCUAAUGCUUUCUGGGAUGACAAUAAAGGAGAAAUUGUAUUAUGUGAUUCUGUUGAUAUAUCAAUUGCAGUCGCUACCGAGAAGGGAUUGAUGACUCCUAUCGUGAAAAAUGCUGAUCAAAAAUCUAUAUCCUCAAUUUCCCAAGAGAUCAAGGAACUUGCUGAAAAGGCCCGAGCGGGGAAGCUUACACCAAACGAGUUCCAAGGUGGCACUUUUAGUAUAUCGAAUUUGGGUAUGUUUCCAGUGGAUCAAUUUUGUGCAAUUAUAAAUCCACCUCAGUCUGGAAUUCUUGCUGUUGGUAGGGGCAACACGGUGGUUGAACCCGUGAUUGAUGAAGAUGGAAUUGAAAAACCCGCUGCUGUUACAAAAAUGAAUGUAACGUUAUCUGCUGAUCAUCGUGUUUUUGAUGGAGAAGUUGCAGGCGCUUUCCUUGGAGCUUUAAAAUCAAACUUCAGUGAUAUACGGAGACUACUGAUCUAGCAAAACCAGGCAUCACGAGUGAAAUGCAACUGGAAUUUCCAAGCUGCACGUGAAUGUCUCGUGACACUCGCCGCAGCUUAUUUGCAGUCCGUACAAUUUAUUUAUACUCCUGAUUUCAUUGCUAGAGUUCUGCCUGUUUUUAUCGGCCCAUCUUUUUUUCUUUAAGAGAAAACAUUCAGUCUGCAUUGCCAAAUGACUGAGAAUAAUGAGGCCCAUUGUUAAGUUUUGACCAGUUUUUAUGGUAGGUACAGAUUCUUGCAUCUUUGUAAAAAGAAACAAUGUACGAGAAGAAAACCAACAAUUUGGGAAGGAUUGCUUGGCCCUUUGUAAUAAACUACCUCAAUGGUUUAAAAUAUUUAACUUUUAAAUGCAA